GAAAUCCAUCAGCAUAACUGUUGAGCCGAGGAGGCAUUGACGCAAGGAUGCGUUCGCGGAUGGAGAGGACAAGAAACGGGGAUGGGCCGUGGGGGAGCGGCGGCAGUGCCGCGCCUGCGCUCUCCUCCUUCCCGUCCCCAUCCCCGUCCUCGUCUUCUUCUUCCGACUUCGAGUUCACCGUCUCCCUAUCCCCUUCCUCCAAGCGAUCCUGCGCCCAGCUGUGCCCCGCCGACGAGCUCUUCUACAAGGGCCAGCUCCUCCCCCUCCACCUCUCUCCCCGGAUCUCCAUGGUCCGCACCCUCCUCGCCUCCACCUCCGCUUCCUCCUCCUCCACCGACACCACAGCCACCGCCUCCCGCGACUCCAACGGCAGUUCCUCCUCUUCCUCCUUCUCUGCCGCCGAUCUCAUCCUCCCGGAAUUCGACUCUUCCCGCCCCAGCUCCAUCACGGAGGAUGAGAUCCGCCGGUUCUCCACCGCCAAACGCCCUGGGGGCUCCAAAUACCUCUCCUCCUUGGCCACCCGCUUCUCCGUCUUCCUCCACCGCGGUAGCAAGAAACUAGACCCGUCCUCCGUUCCCAACAGUAGCGUUCCCGCCCCUCCUCCGCCUCCUCCUCCUCUUCCCACCAAACGAGCAAACUCAUUGUCAUCGUCGUCGGCAAAGGAGGUGAUCAGGAAGUACGUUAAGAAGGUAAAGCCGAUCUACGAGAAACUCUCGGCGUUACAGCACAGAAACAACCAGCAGCCCCUGCAGCAGCAACGGAAGAAGACGUUCUCGUUCUCGAUCAGGAAGGAUAGAGUACUCGCCGGAUCAGGCAAAAAGAAUGUAUUGGGGGACGACCGCAACCAUGCCCGCAGAAAGGGCCUGAACUGCUCCAGCUCUUCGUCCUUCUCUGGGAACCUGCUAGCACACCCCACCAGGAAGAAGCCGUGGGCUGCGAGCUGUCCAUCCUCCAUGAGGUCUUCACCCAGCCACUCGGGCUUGCUCUACAUUGGUGGGGGCGGGUUUCCUGAGCCUCCUCCUGCCCUUUCGUUGUCGGCUUCGUCAAUGGAGGAGCUGCAAAGCGCCAUACAAGGCGCCAUUGCCCACUGCAAGAGUUCAAUGAUCCAAGCAAAUGAGAAGAAGGCACCAUUUCUGUCAAGCGACGAGGAGGAGUUCGCUGGAUCUUGAGAAGAAAAUGCAUCCCUUGCUAGCUGACUAACGUUGUCGUACUUGCAUGGCGAAGCCUUCCUCUUUAUGUUUCUCGUUCAGAAAGAUUAAUCAGAUGUGAUUGCAGUAAGCUUGUCAAAUGAUGAGAUCCACAACAUCAAGUGUGCUUUUGCUCUU